AUGACUUCCUCCGUUCCCAGCACGAUGAAGGGCGUCAUGAUCAACAAGACGGGCGGCACCGAGGUGCUGGAGUACAAGACGGACAUCCCGGUGCCCACGCCGAUCGACGGCCAGAUCCUCGUCAAGAACGACUAUAUCGGCGUCAACUUCAUCGACACGUACUUCCGGUCUGGUCUUUACCCGGCGCCGCAGAUGCCGUAUAUUCUUGGUCGCGAGGCUGAGGGCACCGUCGUCAAGCUCGGCGGCGGCGACUCGUAUGGGCUCAAGGAGGGCGACAAGGUCGUCGUCAUGUGCGAGGGCACAUAUGCCGAAUACACGUCGGCCCCCGCCGCGCGCGCUGUGAAAGUGCCGGCCGGGAUGGACUCCAAGAUCGGCGCCGCGGCCUGGCUGCAGGGCCUCACGGCGCUGACGAUGGUGCGCGAGGCGCACGCCGUCAAGAAGGGCGACUGGGUCCUCGUCCACGCCGCGGCCGGCGGCACGGGGCUGUGGCUAUGCCAGCUGCUGCGGGCCAUCGGCGCCAACACGAUCGGCACGGCGUCGACGGACGAGAAGGUCGAGCUAGCAAAGAAGGCCGGCGCGACGCACGUCGUCAACUACAGCCACGAGGACGUCAAGGCCAAGGUGAUGGAGCUGACGGGCGGCCAGGGCUGCAUCGCCAUCUUCGACGGCGUCGGCAAGUCGACCUUCGACCUGAGCCUCGACUGCGUCGCGCGCAAGGGCAGUCUCAUCAGCUUCGGGAACGCGUCCGGCGCCGUGCCGCCCGUCACCAUCGCGCGGCUGUCGGCGAAGAACGUGCGUCUGAUGCGGCCGACGCUGUUCAACUACAUCGUCACGCGCGAGGAGCUCGAGGGCUACACGAACGAGCUGUUUGGGCUUGUCGUCAAGGAUAAGUUUGAUGUGAGGAUCCAUGAGACGUACCCCCUCAGCGAGGUCGCGAGGGCCCAUGAGUAUCUUGAGGGCAGGAAGACGACGGGGAAGUUGUUGUUGGAUCCGUCGAAGUAA